GGAAUCCGGGUAGUUAAUGGAAGGACUCAGCAUACGGGUGUCUUCGCAGCAGCUCUUUUCCCAGUGAAUUGAUGUGACUGCCCCUAACCAGGAGUCGCGCCAGGACACAUGGUGUCACUAACCCCCCUAACCUAGGAUGAUCUGUCCUGUGUUUGCACUAGUGACGUUAUCAGAGCCUGGGGAAGAGACAUGGAACCCGGGCUGGGCGUCAUAAAAGUUCAUUUUGGAAGUGGAUAACUGCCCAGAUUGCAAGAAUAACAAGAGUGCUGAGAGCACAAUUUGGAGGAGCCAUGGAAGAGUCUUCCCAACCCACUAAACCCCUGGAGAUGAACCCUCACUCUCGCUUUAUUAUUGGUUCUGUGUCAGAGGAUAACUCCGAAGAUGAGACAAGCUCCUUGGUGAAACUUGACCUGCUAGAGGAGAAAGAGAGGUCUUUGUCGCCUGUGUCUGUCUGCUCGGAUUCCCUUUCAGACCUAGGACUCUCCAGUGCUCAGGAUGGCCUGGCAAGCCAUAUGAGGCCCAGCAUGUCUGGCUUACACCUUGUAAAGCAAGGCCGGGACAGGAAGAAAGUUGACGUGCAGCGGGAUUUCACUGUGGCUUCUCCAGCAGAAUUUGUUACUCGUUUUGGAGGGAAUAAAGUUAUUGAGAAGGUCCUGAUAGCCAAUAAUGGGAUUGCAGCAGUGAAAUGCAUGAGAUCGAUCCGACGCUGGUCCUAUGAGAUGUUUCGAAAUGAGCGGGCGAUCAGAUUUGUUGUCAUGGUGACUCCUGAGGAUCUGAAAGCAAACGCAGAGUAUAUUAAAAUGGCGGAUCACUAUGUCCCAGUUCCAGGAGGACCAAACAACAACAACUAUGCAAAUGUGGAACUCAUUCUUGAUAUUGCUAAACGGAUUCCAGUGCAGGCUGUAUGGGCUGGCUGGGGCCAUGCCUCCGAGAACCCUAAACUACCAGAACUUCUCCACAAAAAUGGGAUUGCUUUCAUGGGUCCUCCAAGCCAAGCAAUGUGGGCUUUAGGAGAUAAAAUUGCUUCAUCAAUAGUGGCUCAGACUGCUGGCAUCCCAACUCUUCCUUGGAGUGGCAGUGGUCUUCGAGUAGACUGGCAAGAAAAUGAUCUUCAGAAACGUAUCCUGAAUGUUCCUCAGGAGCUAUAUGAAAAAGGCUAUGUGAAAGAUGCAGACGAUGGACUGCGGGCUGCUGAAGAGGUUGGCUACCCUGUCAUGAUCAAGGCCUCUGAAGGAGGAGGAGGAAAAGGAAUUAGGAAAGUUAACAAUGCAGAUGACUUCCCCAACCUUUUUAGACAGGUUCAAGCUGAAGUCCCAGGCUCUCCAAUCUUCGUAAUGAGGCUAGCCAAGCAGUCCCGCCACUUGGAGGUGCAGAUCCUGGCAGAUCAGUAUGGCAAUGCCAUCUCUCUCUUUGGUCGGGACUGCUCUGUGCAGCGCAGGCACCAGAAGAUUAUUGAAGAAGCACCUGCUUCUAUUGCGACUUCGGUGGUAUUUGAGCACAUGGAGCAGUGUGCAGUGAAGCUUGCCAAAAUGGUGGGCUAUGUGAGCGCGGGCACUGUGGAAUACCUCUACAGCCAGGAUGGCAGUUUUUACUUUCUGGAGUUGAAUCCCCGUCUGCAAGUGGAGCACCCCUGCACGGAGAUGGUAGCUGAUGUUAAUCUGCCGGCAGCACAGCUCCAGAUUGCCAUGGGGAUUCCGCUCCACAGGAUCAAGGAUAUCCGAGUGAUGUAUGGUGUUUCUCCGUGGGGAGAUGGAGCUAUUGAUUUUGAGAAUUCAGCUCAUGUUCCCUGUCCACGUGGCCAUGUUAUUGCUGCACGUAUCACCAGUGAGAAUCCUGAUGAGGGAUUUAAGCCUAGUUCUGGUACAGUCCAGGAACUGAAUUUCCGCAGCAAUAAGAACGUCUGGGGCUAUUUCAGUGUUGCUGCUGCAGGAGGGCUUCAUGAGUUUGCUGAUUCUCAGUUUGGUCACUGCUUCUCUUGGGGCGAGAAUCGUGAAGAAGCCAUCUCAAACAUGGUGGUGGCUUUGAAGGAGCUGUCCAUCCGAGGGGAUUUCCGAACCACUGUUGAGUACUUGAUUAAACUGUUGGAAACAGAAAGCUUCCAGCAGAACCGCAUUGACACUGGCUGGUUGGAUCGGCUUAUUGCUGAGAAAGUACAGGCUGAAAGGCCUGAUACCAUGCUAGGAGUGGUAUGUGGAGCUCUUCAUGUGGCUGAUGUGAGCUUACGGAACAGUGUCUCAAACUUCCUGCACUCUCUAGAAAGGGGCCAAGUUCUGCCUGCUCAUACUCUGCUAAACACCGUGGAUGUGGAACUCAUCUAUGAAGGACGGAAGUAUGUGCUGAAGGUGACCCGACAGUCUCCCAACUCCUACGUGGUCAUCAUGAACAGCUCCUGUGUAGAAGUCGAUGUGCACCGGCUGAGCGAUGGAGGACUGCUCCUGUCCUAUGAUGGCAGCAGCUAUACUACUUACAUGAAGGAAGAAGUGGACAGGUAUCGCAUCACUAUAGGUAACAAGACCUGUGUGUUUGAAAAGGAAAACGAUCCCUCCAUCCUGCGCUCGCCUUCAGCCGGGAAGCUUAUUCAGUAUGUGGUGGAGGAUGGCGGACACGUGUUUGCAGGCCAAUGCUUUGCAGAAAUCGAGGUGAUGAAAAUGGUGAUGACACUAACAGUAGGAGAAUCGGGCUGCAUCCAUUAUGUCAAACGCCCUGGGGCAGUGUUGGAUCCAGGCUGUGUGAUUGCCAAGCUCCAACUGGAUGAUCCCAGCAGGGUUCAGCAGGCUGAACUGCACACGGGUACCUUGCCACAGAUCCAGAGCACAGCACUUCGAGGCGAGAAACUCCAUCGCAUCUUCCAUUAUGUCCUAGAUAACCUGGUCAAUGUGAUGAACGGAUACUGCCUGCCAGAGCCCUACUUCAGCAGCAAGGUGAAGGGCUGGGUUGAGCGACUAAUGAAGACCCUGAGAGAUCCAUCUUUGCCUCUGCUGGAACUUCAGGACAUCAUGACCAGUGUUUCUGGACGGAUCCCACCCAAUGUGGAGAAGUCCAUCAAGAAGGAGAUGGCCCAGUAUGCCAGCAACAUCACAUCAGUCCUUUGCCAGUUUCCCAGCCAACAGAUUGCCAAUAUCCUGGAUAGCCAUGCAGCCACUUUGAACCGCAAAUCAGAGCGUGAGGUCUUCUUCAUGAACACGCAGAGCAUUGUGCAGCUUGUACAAAGGUACCGGAGUGGUAUUCGGGGUCACAUGAAGGCUGUGGUGAUGGACCUGCUCCGGCAGUAUCUGAAGGUGGAGACUCAGUUUCAGCAUGGUCACUAUGACAAGUGUGUCUUUGCCCUUCGGGAAGAGAAUAAAAGCGACAUGAAUGCUGUAUUGAACUACAUCUUCUCACAUGCUCAGGUCACCAAGAAGAACCUGCUUGUUACAAUGCUCAUUGACCAGCUAUGUGGCCGUGACCCCACCUUGACAGAUGAGCUGAUUAAUAUUCUGACAGAGCUGACCCAGCUCAGCAAGACAACCAACGCCAAAGUGGCUCUACGAGCGCGGCAGGUUCUCAUUGCUUCCCAUUUGCCGUCCUACGAGCUGCGUCACAACCAGGUGGAGUCCAUCUUCCUGUCCGCUAUUGACAUGUAUGGACACCAGUUCUGCAUUGAGAACCUGCAGAAACUCAUUUUGUCAGAAACAUCCAUCUUUGAUGUGCUACCCAACUUUUUCUACCACAGUAACCAGGUGGUAAGAAUGGCAGCUUUAGAGGUGUAUGUUCGAAGGGCAUACAUUGCCUACGAAUUAAACAGCGUCCAGCACCGCCAGCUGAAGGAUAACACUUGUGUGGUGGAGUUCCAGUUCAUGCUACCUACCUCCCAUCCAAACAGAGGGAACAUCCCCACGCUAAACAGAAUGUCCUUCUCUUCCAACCUCAACCACUACGGGAUGGUCCACGUAGCCAGCGUGAGUGACGUGCUGCUAGACAACUCGUUCACUCCGCCGUGCCAGCGGAUGGGUGGAAUGGUCUCCUUCCGCACCUUUGAAGAUUUUGUCAGAAUCUUUGAUGAAGUGAUGAGUUGUUUCUGCGACUCUCCUCCCCAGAGCCCAACCUUCCCUGAAGCUGGCCAUGCUUCCUUGUAUGAUGAAGACAAGGCCGCCCGUGAGGAGCCCAUUCACAUUCUUAACGUUGCUAUUAAAACUGACAGUGAUGUUGAUGAUGAUGGGCUGGCAGCCAUGUUCAGGGAGUUCACACAAAGCAAGAAAUCGGUCCUGAUUGAACACGGGAUUCGGAGACUGACUUUCCUUGUAGCACAAAAGGACUUCAGGAAACAGGUCAACUGUGAGGUGGAUCAGAGAUUUCAUAGAGAAUUUCCAAAGUUCUUCACGUUCCGUGCCCGGGAUAAGUUUGAAGAAGACAGAAUCUACCGUCAUCUGGAGCCAGCUCUGGCCUUCCAGCUGGAGCUGAACAGAAUGCGAAACUUCGACCUCACUGCCAUCCCAUGUGCCAACCAUAAAAUGCAUCUCUACCUUGGAGCAGCUAAAGUUGAAGUAGGAACAGAGGUGACAGACUACAGGUUCUUCGUGAGGGCUAUUAUAAGGCAUUCAGACCUGGUUACCAAGGAAGCCUCCUUUGAGUAUCUGCAAAAUGAAGGAGAGCGAUUGCUUUUGGAAGCCAUGGACGAGCUGGAGGUGGCAUUUAAUAACACCAACGUGCGCACUGACUGCAAUCACAUCUUCUUAAAUUUUGUGCCUACUGUCAUCAUGGACCCAUCAAAGAUCGAAGAAUCCGUGCGGAGCAUGGUGAUGCGCUACGGGAGUCGCCUGUGGAAACUCCGCGUCCUCCAAGCCGAGCUGAAGAUCAACAUUCGGUUGACACCGACCGGGAAGGCAAUUCCCAUUCGUCUCUUCCUGACCAACGAGUCAGGCUACUACUUGGACAUCAGUCUGUACAAAGAAGUAACGGACUCCAGGACAGCACAGAUUAUGUUCCAGGCCUAUGGGGAUAAACAGGGGCCACUUCAUGGGAUGCUGAUCAAUACCCCGUACGUGACCAAGGACCUGCUUCAGUCCAAGAGAUUCCAAGCACAGUCUUUAGGGACAUCCUAUGUCUAUGACAUUCCUGAGAUGUUUCGGCAGUCUUUGAUUAAACUCUGGGAUUCGAUGAAUGAACAUGCAUUCCUGCCAACGCCACCGCUGCCGUCUGACAUACUAACGUACACCGAGUUGGUGUUGGAUGAUCAGGGCCAGCUCGUGCACAUGAACAGGCUGCCGGGAGGAAAUGAGAUUGGGAUGGUAGCUUGGAAAAUGACUCUCAAGACCCCCGAGUAUCCAGAAGGCCGCGAUAUCAUUGUCAUUGGCAACGACAUUACCUACCGGAUCGGUUCUUUCGGGCCUCAAGAAGACAUGCUGUUCCUGAGGGCUUCAGAGCUUGCCCGAAGCCAUGGCAUACCCCGUAUCUACGUGGCUGCCAACAGCGGAGCCAGGAUCGGCUUGGCCGAGGAGAUUCGGCACAUGUUCCAUGUUGCAUGGGAAGACCCGGAUGACCCAUACAAAGGAUACAAAUACUUGUACCUGACGCCUCAGGACUAUAAAAAAGUCAGUGCUCUGAACUCAGUUCACUGUGAACAUGUGGAGGACAACGGAGAGUCCAGGUAUAAGAUAACAGAUAUUAUCGGGAAGGAAGACGGACUUGGAAUAGAGAACCUCAGAGGAUCUGGCAUGAUUGCUGGAGAAUCAUCUUUAGCCUAUGAUAGUAUUAUCACCAUCAACUUGGUUACUUGUCGAGCGAUUGGAAUUGGAGCUUACCUUGUUCGGCUCGGGCAGAGGACCAUCCAGGUUGAGAACUCUCAUAUAAUCCUGACUGGCUGCGGAGCCCUUAACAAGGUGCUUGGACGGGAAGUUUACACCUCCAACAACCAGCUGGGUGGGAUCCAGAUAAUGCACAACAACGGGGUGACGCACGGCACCGUGUGCGACGACUUCGAAGGAGUCUACACCAUUCUGCUGUGGCUUUCCUACAUGCCAAAGAGUGUAUACAGCCCUGUCCCUAUCCUCAAAGUCAAAGACCCUAUAGACAGAACCAUAGACUAUAUGCCUACCAAGACUCCCUAUGAUCCUCGCUGGUUGCUGGCUGGCCGCCCAAAUCCAAGUCAAAAAGGACAAUGGCUGAGUGGUUUCUUUGACAAUGGCUCCUUCCUGGAGAUCAUGCAGCCCUGGGCCCAGACAGUUGUGGUUGGCAGAGCAAGGCUGGGAGGAAUACCUGUAGGAGUUGUUGCUGUAGAAACGAGGACAGUGGAGCUGAGUAUCCCCGCCGACCCCGCAAACCUGGACUCAGAGGCCAAGAUAAUCCAGCAGGCUGGCCAGGUGUGGUUCCCUGACUCGGCCUUUAAGACGGCCCAGGCUAUCAACGACUUCAACAGAGAGGGGCUGCCUCUGAUGGUCUUUGCCAACUGGAGAGGCUUCUCUGGUGGGAUGAAAGACAUGUAUGACCAAGUGCUGAAGUUUGGUGCCUACAUCGUGGACGGCCUGCGGGAGUAUCGGCAGCCCGUGCUCAUUUACAUCCCGCCGCAGGGGGAGCUGAGAGGGGGAUCCUGGGCUGUGAUGGACCCGACCAUCAAUCCUCGUCACAUGGAGAUGUACGCCGACAGGGAGAGCAGAGGAGGAAUCCUGGAACCGGAGGGGACAGUGGAAAUCAAAUUCCGCAGGAAAGACCUGGUGAAGACAAUGAGGCGAGUGGACCCCGUCUACAUCCACCUGGCGGAGCGCCUCGGUACCCCUGAGCUGAGCCCUGCGGACCGAAAAGAUCUGGAGACGAAGCUGAAGGAGCGGGAGGAGUUCCUGAUCCCCAUUUACCACCAGGUCGCCAUGCAGUUUGCCGACUUGCACGACACACCCGGCCGGAUGCAGGAGAAGGGUGCCAUAACUGACAUUCUAGACUGGAAAACUUCUCGUACCUUCUUCUACUGGAGGCUGAGACGUCUUCUUCUGGAGGACGUGGUCAAAAAGAAGAUCCACGAUGCCAACCCUGAGCUGACCGAUGGGCAGAUCCAGGCUAUGCUGAGACGCUGGUUUGUGGAAGUCGAAGGGACGGUAAAGGCGUACCUGUGGGACAGUAACAAGGACCUGGUGGAGUGGCUGGAAAAGCAGCUAACGGAAGAGGAAGGCAUUCGCUCUGUUGUAGAUGAAAACAUCAAGUACAUCUCCAGGGACUACAUCCUCAAGCAGAUACGGGGCCUGGUCCAGGCCAACCCGGAGGUUGCCAUGGAUUCGAUCGUGCACAUGACCCAGCAUAUAUCACCCACCCAGCGAGCGGAGAUCGUGCGGAUCCUCUCCACAAUGGACUCGCCUUCUUCAACGUAAGAGCAUCGAUUUCCCGUACUCCCCCCUGCCCGGUACAGUGGAGGAAAAAAAAAAAAAAAAAAAGCUCAGAAUUGCCCUUUGUCUGCUCGACUGCGACCACUGUACCGAGACGGGGAGGCUCAGGGAAAUGCUGGAAGAGUGACAUUUUUAUUUUUUCAAAUCAGACUGACCAGAGGAAGUGUGUUCUUUGGCCACAGACACGAGGAAAAUGUAUAAACACAAGCGCCUGCGGAAUUGA